AUGCAUCGUUUUUUCCCCUCUUAUAUUUCUGCUUCAAUUAGGUGCAUGAGUUUGAGAAACAUGAUGGCGAAAAACUUCUGGAUGGCAUCAUGGAUGAUUUCUGGAGACAUGGCCACAGAACAUAUUAAUGGAAAUGGUCCAGAAGAACCAAUGGACAUCUCUGCUGCAGUUACCCAUUCUGAGCACUUCCAGACUUUAUUAGAUGCUGGUUUACCACAGAAAGUUGCUGAAAAACUAGAUGAAAUUUACAUAGCAGGAUUGGUGUCACACAGUGACUUAGAUGAUCGAGCAAUUGAGGCUCUAAAAGAAUUCAACGAGGAAGGUGCUCUCCAAGUCCUGUUGCAAUUCAAGGACAGCGAUCUCUCACAUGUUCAGAACAAAAGUGCCUUUCUUUGUGGCGUGAUGAAGACAUACAGACAAAGAGAGAAACAAGGGACCAAAGUGGCAGACACUAACAAAGGACCAGAUGAAGCCAAAAUCAAAGCACUGCUGGAGAGGACUGGCUACACGCUGGAUGUAACUACAGGCCAGAGGAAGUAUGGCGGUCCUCCACCUGAGUCAGCUCACUCGGGAGCGCAGCCGACUGUCGGGACAGAGAUAUUUGUUGGCAAAAUCCCAAGAGACCUCUUUGAGGAUGAGUUGGUUCCUCUGUUUGAGAAAGCUGGGCCCAUUUGGGACUUGCGUCUAAUGAUGGAUCCCCUCAGUGGCCUGAACAGAGGCUACGCCUUCGUCACUUUCUGCACUAAAGAGGCGGCACAACAGGCUGUCAAAUUGUGCAACAACAAUGAAAUUCGACCUGGCAAACAAAUUGGUGUGUGCAUCUCAGUGGCCAAUAACAGGCUGUUUGUUGGCUCCAUUCCCAAGAGUAAAACAAAAGAGCAGAUUGUUGAAGAAUUUGCAAAAGUCACAGAGGGUUUAAAUGAUGUCAUAUUAUACCACCAACCCGACGACAAGAAGAAGAAUCGUGGCUUUUGCUUCCUGGAGUAUGAAGACCACAAGACUGCGGCUCAGGCUCGCCGACGUUUGAUGAGUGGCAAAGUGAAAGUGUGGGGCAAUGUGGUCACCGUAGAAUGGGCUGAUCCCAUCGAGGACCCUGACCCAGAGGUUAUGGCUAAGGUGAAAGUACUGUUUGUGAGGAACCUAGCGAGUUCUGUUACAGAAGAGAUUCUUGAAAAAUCCUUCAGUCAGUUUGGCAAGUUGGAGCGUGUGAAAAAAUUGAAAGACUAUGCUUUCAUCCACUUUGAAGAAAGAGAUGGCGCUGUUAAGGCUCUGGCUGAUCUCAAUGGAAAAGACCUGGAAGGAGAACAUAUUGAGAUAGUCUUUGCCAAGCCUCCUGACCAGAAGAGGAAAGAGCGCAAAGCUCAGAGACAAGCAGCCAAAACACAAAUGUAUGAUGAAUACUAUUACUAUGCGCCUCCGCACAUGCCGCCACCCACAAGAGGUCGUGGACGAGGCGGGCGCGGUGGAUACUCUUACCCUCCCUACUACUACAGCUCCGAAGACUAUUAUGAUUACUAUGGCUACGACUACCACAACUACCGGGGCGGCUAUGACGAUCCGUUCUAUAGCUACGAUGAAUUCCAGGGCUCUGGGAGAGUCCGAGGAGCGAGAGGUGGUCUCCGCGGUAUCAGUCAGACCAGGGGCCGCGGAAGCAUCACACCUAGAGGGAGAGUGGGCUUCUCACAGCGAGGCGGGCCCGGAACGAGCAGAGGUAGAUGACAUGUUAACAGGGAAGCGGGGCCGAGGGCGGUCCUGACCAGUCAAAUCAACGGAUACUGACUUGAUGUGUGGGGUUACACCGUGAGCUGCAAAGGAUUUUGAAACAAAAAAAAAACGUGACAUAAAAAAGGUCCAUGAUAUUCCAGCCUUACAGAAGAAACAUCUCCCCGCUUUCCCAUGUUUUUUUUUUCUUUAAACAAAACUGCCACCUUAAAAAGAUGAUCGCACGAAUUUCUAUAUUCGCCUAAGCCUCUUUCGCCCCAUGCCCCUCUAGCUGUCCCUGACAAUAAGGUGUCAAUUUAUUGCCCUAACAAUCUCCCCUAUUCCCUGUCCCCGAACAUGCCAUUUUUAAAUAAUUAUUGAAGAAUUUGCACUUUUUAAGUUUCUUAGGUUUGAAGUGGCUCGAAGGAGCUUGAUGCUAUUGUAUAUUUUUGUGCUAAUCGCAAUUUUUAUUGUUGGAAUAUCCAUGUUAAAUCUUUUUGAUGUGGAUGUUUGAAAGAGAACAUUUGCAGGUUUUUAUUUCGGGUGUACCCACCUGGCAUGGAUAAGUCAGGCAUUCCAGGAAAGUGGUUCUUUUCAGAACUUGUCUUUAAAGGGUUGGUUGACUACCUCAGUACAGAGGACUAAACUACCCGGCCUGUACUGUAAAUAGGGAAACUAUAUUGAUGAAAGCAGGGCUUGUUCUCAUAUAAAAUAUGCACAAGAGCGGCGGCGCACAAACAAUGUACUUAAUGUAAUAUAGUCAUUUUCGCUGCAGCUCUGACACUGCAAACAGUCAAACUGGGCAUGCAAAACAAUCUCAUAAGAUGAGUUCGAACAAGCCUUGCUUUUAUCCUAUUUUGAACUGAAUUAGCUGCCUUGCUUCUUCAGAGUAUGUAGUUACUGUUUGUAUAGUUUUUUUUUUGUCUUCGGAUAAAAUGUUACUUUUGUAAAGGCUUCAAUGUCACGGGCAUCAGAAUGCCUUUGAUUUUAACGGAUAACAAAAUAAAAGCCCUGCAGUGUCCCUUUGUGCCACUGUAAUCCAGUGGGUUUGUUUGUUUUUUUUGAAUAUCGAAACAUCUUCAGACAUCCUAAUCAUUUAACAUCAUAGUCAAUCCAUCAUUGUGUAAGAUCAUGUUCUUGUGGACUGGUCCCUCUUCCAUCUCCCAAACCAGCGACUGUACUGUUAAGUUAUUCUUGACCACCAGUUAGGCACUAUGUCUGAAGUUCUGGUUUUGGUGUUGGGACCGAUGUCAUCACAACAUGGCAUAAGGGAUGCUGCAGUGAAUGAAAUCUAUUUCCAGGUAUAGCUCCAAGGAAACUGUGCUGUUCAAUUUCAGUUUUCUAUACAGUUAACUCCCUCAAUAAAAUACAUAACCACCUUUUGAAAAAAAAAAAAAAAGAUGUUAGCAGUUUUAAACUAUUGUUGGUGGCCAACAACGUUUUUUGCAUUCCUGCAAAUAAAUUGUUUUAUACUGUAAAAUGGAGGUGAGUAACUUAUUUUUGUAAUAAAGUUUUUGAUUUCUA